AGAAGGGCGAACCGUCAGGUUCUGAGGCCGCAAGCGAGAGGCAACACAUGUGUUUCCCAGACACCACCUGUGGAUACGGCGUUUUCGAAAACCACCUGUGAAUACGACUCUCUCUCCCAAGAUUAAGGGUAAAGGGAACCUUCUUUCCAUCCACUUCUCGUCACGUACAGAAAGGAUAUCCUCUCUUUUCAAAUAGCACAACCGCUAGCCAUCACCAAGAUCUUCUGUCAGCUAAGAAGUUACGACGAAGAGAAUUAUUUCCUAAAUUAACAUACAUCAACAGUUUUAUAGGACGCACAAAAUACAAAACAUAUCAGUGAAGAAAGAAAACCAAUAUAAAAUAGUAAACAACAGGAAAAGAGGAAAAAAAGGAAUAACGAAAAUUAAUCACGUGUCAAUUUGAAUUUCCUUCAGUCUGACCUCUCUUCCGACUAGAACGAGGGAAGAACAUAGUGUAAAAAAAAGGGGGGAAAAAUUUAACGAAAAGUAGAGGAAAUAACAAUAGGAUUCAACAAUAAUGAGUGGCUCCGGCAAGGGACUCCUAGGUCUUUGGCUCUACAAGACGGGAGAAGAAUGGAUGCUGAAAGAUCCCCUGAGGCAGAAAGAGCAACAAAGCAAGAACGCAAGAGCGUCCCCGGAGAGAGAUAAUCGUCAGGAAAAGGAAGUCUACCUGCCUUGUCACAACUCCGUUGUCUUCAGUCUCAAGAAUCAAGUUGGUGGACUAGCCAAGGCACUUAACGUCUUCCAGGAUCAAGGCAUCAACGUGGUCCACAUCGAGAGCCGAAAGUCCAGAAGGCGACAAUCCGAAUUCGAGAUCAUGGUGGACAUCGAAUGCGACAACAGCAAGAUGGACAAGCUCACCCAUCUCCUGCAGAGACAGAUGUCAUGCCUCAGCCUCCACGACUACGACAAGGGAGAGGAAUUCCCUUCUCCCACACCCACUAUCAGUCAGGAGAGUUUCGAUUUUGGCGACAUGUGUCCCUGGUUUCCUCGUAAGAUCAGCGACCUCGACAAUUUCCAAAAGGUUUUGAUGUACGGGUCAGACCUGGAUGCAGAUCACCCAGGCUUCAAAGACCCCGUCUACAGGGCACGCCGUAAGGUCUUCUAUGAUAUCGCCAUGAAGUACAAAUUCGGUGAUCCAAUCCCAAGAGUUGAGUACACUGAAGAGGAAACCAAAACUUGGAAAACGAUUUUCAGGGAACUUUUCCGCCUCUACCCAACGCACGCUUGUAAGGAGUAUAAUCAGAACUGGCCGGAUCUUGUCAAAUACUGUGGAUACAGAGAGGACAACAUCCCACAACUGGCGGAUAUCGACAAAUAUUUAAAACGCACCACUGGAUUUACCCUUCGACCCGUGGCUGGGUAUCUUUCCCCCCGGGAUUUCUUAGCGGGUUUGGCCUUCAGGGUAUUCCACUGCACACAGUACAUCCGGCACUCCUCGGAUCCCCUCUACACUCCAGAACCGGAUUGCUGCCACGAACUUCUGGGUCACAUGCCCCUUCUGGCGUGCCCCUCCUUUGCUCAGUUCUCGCAAGAGAUUGGCCUCGCUUCCCUUGGCACCAACGAUGAAGAAUUGCAGAAAAUCGCUACGCUAUACUUCUUCACCAUCGAGUUUGGACUUUGUAAAGAGAAGGGGCAGCUGAGAGUGUACGGAGCAGGUCUCUUGUCCAGCAUCAGCGAGUUGCGCCACUCCCUCUCAGCAGAGGCCGAAGUGUACCCCUUUGACCCGGAGGAAGUGAGCACCGUGGAAUGCCUGGUCACGACUUUUCAGAAGCAGUACUACUUCACAGACACCUUCGAAGAGGCCAAGGAGAAACUGAGGGCGUUUGUGUCAACCAUUCACCGUCCAUUUGGAGUUCGGUAUAACCCAUACACAAUGAGCGUGGAGAUACUCAGUAAUGCAGAGAAGAUAUCUGCAGUGGUAUCCGAGCUCAGAGGAGACCUCUGUAUUGUAAGGAACGCUCUUCAGAAGAUACAUGAAAACGACGAAAACAUAGACGUCGACAACAUCACGAAUCUCUUGACUUCAGUCCUCAAAGCUGAAACUUCCGGGAAGAGCUAAAUGGACGCAAUUUGAAAGAAAGUUUCAGCUUCCUCCUCUCUCUCCCUUUCUAUCUAUUCCUUUUUAGGGAGGGGGGACAUAGCAAAUAUCCAUAAUUGGCAUGGACAAAAAUAAUUUACUUUCUUCAGAUUCUUAUAAAUGGGUUAAUGACACUGUGCACGCUUUUCCGGAUAAUCUUUUUUAUACUUUACAAAUUAAAAACAUCAAAUUAAGGUGGAAUACCGUUAAAAAAAAUAAAUAAAGCAUACAAUUUAACAUUAUCAGCGACAUGAAAAAAAAAUUAUAUAGUACGUUAUAUCAAACUUCUGUCUAUGCCUUUUAACUUAGUAAAAGUACGUAUACAUCUUGUGUCCCCCUCUCUCUCUCUCUCUCUCUCUCUCUCUCUCUCUCUCUCUCUCUCUCUCUCCGAUAUCAUACUGAAUACCUGUAAUGUAAUGCACCUGAUUUCAAGAGGUUCCUCGCCCCGUUCAACACAACACAACUCCCAUUUCCACAGGCAUCUUACGAGGACGAACCGUCAUAAAACAAUGAGACGAUGAUACGUGACGAUGAUAAACAAAUGUAUAAUAGGGAAAAAUUUGUGCACUUAGGUCUAAACAUGGGAAAUGUG